UGCCAUUAACGCAAGCGUCGUGAAAAAAGCCACAAAAAAUAAAUACAGACAAGACAGGCAUUUCGAGAACUUUUGCAAGAAAUCAAGCUGAAAAGUAGUCCCGACGCUCCAAGAUGAAUGGAGGCAACAUGCUAUAUGGCGGCGACGAAAUUGGAGCCUUAGUUUUCGAUCCAGGGCACCAUUCGUUCCGUGUGGGCUACGCGCAAGAGGAUUCGCCGAAGGCUGAGAUACCCUCUGUUGUCGGAAUUGGAGCAUCCCCAACUCCGGAUACGAAUCUUGAUCCAGAUACCAAAACUGACAACAAUGUGACGCCCAACAGAGGCCUUGUCCGCCACUACGUCCUCGUUAUCCCGCCUGCAGCCUCCAGUUCAGCUCCAGCUCCUACUCCCGCUCCCGCAUAUUUGUUUGUUUAGUUACUAGUUUAUCGAGCAUGCGAAGCAAACGAAAUAUGAAAACCAA